AUGGGCGGACUCUACAAGGAGCUCCCUGAGGGGCUUGAUGAGGUCGAUGUUAUUAUCGCUGGAGGCGGCACCGCGGGCUGUGUCGUGGCAUCUCGACUGAGCGAUGCUUAUCCGACCCUGUCUAUCCUCGUUGUCGAGGGUGGCCGAGAUAACCGGGGCCUUCAAAACGUCACCUACCCUAUACUCCUGCUCAACAACAUCUUACCCGGAAACACCGACACGCUUUUCUAUGAGGGCAUCCCCGAGAAGGCCGUGGGCAAUCGCUCGCUUGUCGUGCCAUCCGGCGGUGUCCUCGGCGGCGGCUCGUCCAUCAACCUGCUCACCUACAGCCGUGCUCAAGCCGUUGACUACGACCAGUGGGGAGUCGAGGGGUGGUUUUCCAAGGAUUUGGUUCCGUAUCUUCAAAGGCUCGAGACUUAUAAAGGUGAGGGCACGCCCGAAACACACGGUUACUCUGGGCCCAUGCUCGUGACCCCAGGCAACUAUACGGCAAAGGCGUCCGAGGAGGGCUUCAUCAAGGCGGCCGCUAAGCUCGGCUACCCGGAGGCCCGCGACAUCCAAGACCUGGAAACCAUCAACGCCACGCAGCGUAACAUCCGCUACGUGAACGGAGGCAAGCGCCAGGACGCCGCCUCCAACUACCUGCACCCGCGCCUCGGUGACGGCUUCCACCCCAACCUCCACGUCCUCACCCAGCACCAGGUCAUCCGUGUGCUCUUUAACGGCAACAAGGCCUCGGGUGUCGAAUUCAGGCCCAACCCUAAGUUCAACGAUGGUGUCGAGAGGCCUGUGCAGAGGGUCAGUGCCAAGAAGCUCGUCGUCCUCUCCUCCGGCGCCUUGGGCACCCCCCUUGUGCUGGAGCGCUCUGGCGUGGGCGACCCUGAGAUCCUGGGCAAGGCGGGCGUCGAUGUUGUCGCCGAGGUUCCCGGUGUUGGAGCCGAAUAUCAGGACCAUCAGCUGAUGACCUACGCCUACUACUCGAGUCUCCUGCCCAACGAGACCUUUGACGCUAUCUACUCAGGUCGCACUAACGUCGACGAGCUUAUUCAGAAGAACGACCCCAUCAUAGGCUGGACCGCCGCCGAUGUCUACUCGAAGCUCCGGCCCAGCGACGAGGAGGCCAAGGCUCUUGGGUCCGCGUUUGAGAGCGCCUGGAACCGCGACUACAAGACUAACCCAACGAAGCCGCUUUCUAUGAUCACGUCGCUCAAUGGCUUCCCCGGGGACUCCACCGGCCAGCCUGAAGUCCAGUACUUCUCCUGCUCCACCUUCACCCCGUACCCCUACUCCCGUGGCCACCUCCACAUCACCUCCAAGGACCUUGAUGCGUCCCUCGACUUUGCCACGGGCUUUUUCGCCGACGAGGAUGACAUCGACAUCAAAAAGUCCGUGUGGUCCUACAAGAAGCAGCGCGAGAUCAUCCGCCGCAUGGACAUCUACCGCGGCGAGUUUGCCCCGCUACACCCGGCUUUCGCCGCGGACUCGGACGCCGCCACCCCCUCGGAGCCCCUUGACGGCCCUCUCCCCGACGAUGUGCCCGACAUUGUGUACACGGCUGAGGACGACGCGGUGCUGGAGCAGUGGCUGCGGGCUCAUGUGGGCACGACGUGGCACUCGCUGGGAACGUGCAAAAUGGCACCCAAGAGCGAGGGCGGCGUUGUCGACUCGAGCCUGAGCGUGUAUGGUGUCGAGAAGCUCAAGAUUGCCGAUCUGAGUGUGCCGCCGGGCAACGUCGGUGCUAAUACGGCUAAUACUGCGUAUAUGAUUGGCGAGAAGGCGGCCGACAUUUUUAUUCAGGAGCUGAAGGCAUAG